AUGGAUGAUACCUUAGCGAUUAUCGAAGUAUUGAGCGAUAAGGUCAAACACGAACUCGAUGUUUUAAGCGUAUCUGACAAAUAUCUUGAAGUGAUGGAUGAAGCGUUACUCGAAAAGCUGGAAACAAUGUCGGUGGCUACGACUUCGGCAGAAGGUAGAACAAUGCGUGCAAAUACUGGCCGGCCAUUGUUUCCACAAUUUCCAUCCUGCGCGAUUCCGGCUGCUCCUCUUUCAGAAGACGAAGAGGAAGUCCCAUCCCGAAACGCAUUAAAGAGACAAGCACAAUUGCUAGUCGAUACAAAAAGUCGUCGUAAAGGAUUUGCUUUUAGAAGAUAAAUUGCUCGAACAAAGACGAACGGAACCAACUAACAAAAUU